ACAUCUGGGUCCGAUGAUGUGCUUACUAUUGCAUUGGGAAACCCCGAGCAUAAGGGUAGGGUUAGAGGUGUUGGUGGGAAUGUGAAGCCAGCUGCAUAUUUUCACUUGCCAAAACGGCAGAGAAGGAGUGUAGAAGAGGCUAUAAGGUCAUCGCUGAAGAAAAUAUUUGAGGAGGAGAGGGAUAACUUAAUUGCUAAGGAAAGAGCUGCAUGGGAGGAGGAAAAGGAUAGACAGUUGGCUGAGGAAAGAGCUUAUUGGAGUGAGAAGAUUGCCAGGAUAGAAGCAAAGAUAGACGGGAAGGAGUUGCCUGUUGAUACACCCAAAUCUGCCACACCAGUCAUUGAACUUGGUUCAGGACAAGGGAGUUGUUCCCGGCAGGGUGAAAAGGGUAUAAAUUGUAAUGGGGAAACUGAGCUAGUGAUGGCUGCAAAGAAGAAGUUGGUUUUAAGAGACGAUGUGAACAUGGUGUUUGAAGAGGAACUUGUGCAUGCCAUUGAUGGGAAGCCAACAAUAUUGGAAAAUGAGUCGAGAGAUGUCUUUUCUGUUCCGAAGGCAAGAGUAAAGGAUGCAGAGGUUUUGUUAGGUCAGAACGAGUGCAAAUUGGCUAUUGAUUCAGUGGAAAAUAUUGUAGCCAUUGGAACAGUCAUCAAUGUCGACUUUGGGACCAACCAACAAACUAUCCAUGGUGUUCCAUUGGGAGAGAAAAAUGUCUGCGUCUCUAUCAUUCGGACUUUGAUUCAUGAAGCUUUGCUACCAUUUCCCAUAAAAGAUGAGAUAGUGACAGUUAAGGAUGCCAUUGGGACUUGUGUUGCUUGGCCGAAGAACCUAGUCAUUGCCCCUGCAGCAGAUGCCAAGAAAAAACCAAAGCGUAAAAAUCAAAAGAGGACCACAGUGGAUAUGUUUGAAGAUAAUGAAGACUUGCAAAACCUACCUCCGAAUCUCCCAGCAGCUGUAACUACCAUGUGCAUUUGGGCCAACACUGAAUUGCGGGAUGGGGCCACCAUUCACACCACUUUUGAUGCUGAAAUUUUUGGUCAUCCAAGGAAAGCUGUUGUCUUUAGAAGUGACAUCUAUGCCAUGGCACACAUGUUGGAACUAGCAGGAGGCUGUAUUGUUUUUUACAUGAGCUACCUGCAUGAUGUUUUGAAGAUGUCCAAGAUGACUGACAUGGUAACCUUUGUUGACCCUGAUCACACAGGUGCACUUGGCUGUGGAAAUCCAACUGAACGAGCUCGGUCUUUGUCUAAUCGGUUUAAAAAUGGGAAGCCUGGCCAGAUUUAUUUGGUGUCAUAUAACUCUGGUUCUCAUUGGAUGUUGUCUGUUGUGAAUCCCGAUGAAGAGAUCAUUUACUUCAUGGAUCCGUUAAAGAGGCGCCUCAUAACCGGUGAAUGGAAAACAAUUUUGGAUAACUCCAUUAAAAUCUACAAUGCCAACAAGAGUAGGAAAGGGAGGAAACUAAUCCAAUGGAAAAAUCUUGUUGGUAUUCCUGAGCAAAAUGGUGGGAAGAGUUGUGGUUAUUGGAUAAUGCGUUACAUGAAGGAGAUAGUUGAAGACAAGAAUUUAGAGUUUGCUACUAAGUGGGAUAGAAGAACAAAUCUUGUUUACACAGAACAGGAUAUUGAUGAAGUUCGAGCUGAAUGGGUGAAGCAUGUUUUGAAGUUUCCACAAAUGUAGUGCACACAAAGAGGGUCUAUGGUAUAUGCAUAGUUAGGGUCGACUGUGAUUUUGUGCAUAUUGACAUUGCAUGCAUAGCUAGAUUAUGGAGGGUUUUUUUGCCUAGCUAAGAUGAUCGACUUUUGCUUUUAUCGAUCAUUAUUUUAACCUCCUAACAGCUUAUCAACUUUAGGAUGAAUUGAUGGAAAUGUUGAAUGUUGAUGUAGUUACUGGUUGAUUGAAAUGAAAUGACUUUUGACUUGUUAUAGUUA